UGGUGGUGGUGGUGGUGCUCUCUCUCUCUCUCUCUCUCUCUCUCUACAGCAUAUCUUCACUAUUUUUCAAAGGCUGUAGUUGAAGUGACGCGGGUUUUCAAGGGUGUUUUUACGGUUCUAGUGACAGAUUAACAAUAUUUCUACUUUUCAAAGGCUCUAGUUGAAGAUGUAAGGGUUUUCAAGGAUGUUUUUUACGGUUCUAUUGGCAGAUUAACAAUAUUUCUACUUUUCAAAGGCUGUAGUUGAAGAUGUAAGGGUUUUCAAGGGUGUUUUUACGGUUCUAGUGAUAGAUUAACAAUAUUUCUACUUUAUCAACAGGAGAAGCACCCUUGAGAACCCUGCUAGUCAUCUGUGUCCUUGAGAAAGUCUUGUUGAAGUGAAGUAGCAAUGCCUCUCUCUCUCUCUCUCUCUCUCUCUCUCUCUCUCUCUCUCUCUCUCUGACGUGUAAACAGCAAUAAUAAUAAUAAUAAUAAUAAUAAUAAUAAUAAUAAUAAUAAUAAUAGUAAUAAACAAAUAUAUAAAUAAUACUUUACUUUUUUAUCUCUAAUUCUGUCUAAUUCUUUCAAUAACAACAAAAUGCACAAUCCCUAGGCUAUAUUUUGAAAGAUGCAAGCCUUGAGAUGCUCGGGUGCGGCUCGCUGGCUAGCAACACUACAACGGGGGCGAACACUCGCUUCAAGAUCAGGAUCAAGACUCGCCUCCUCCCAACCCACGCUUAUGCGUAAUGGGAGUGACCUCAUUUCUUGGUUUGGUGAGGUCACACCCGCACCCCAUCACAACUUCCAACUACUAGAGGAAGCAGCCGCCAGAUGGAGCCACCACACUGCCCUGGAGUGCGGGGUGACUGGAAAGCAUUACACAUACGGGGCAGUACGAGACCUGUGGCGGCGGUGCGGGGGGGCGUUGGAGGGGCGGGGCGUGGGGCGCGGACAAACUGUAGCAAUGUUGAUGUUAAACUCCCCAGAUUUUGCUGUGGUGUUCGGGGGGGGUGUUUGCCACGGGCGCCACCCCCUCCCCCAUCAACCCCUCCUUUACUGCCGGAGAGAUAGCAAGACAGGUUCAGGACAGCCGCGCCAGCCUCAUCAUUGCGGACGCGCGUCUGGCACCGUUAGCAGAAGGGGCCCUGGCACUCCUACCCUCCCCGCCCCCUCUCCUGCUGGCGGGGGGCGCGGAGGGGGGGCGUGUGGACCUGCUGGAGGAGGCUCAUGAUAAGAACACGCCCUUUGCUCAGGAUAUACAGGUGGAAGAUGAUGACAACUGUGUUCUCCUGUACUCCAGCGGCACCACAGGGGUUCCCAAGGGCGCCCCAACUAGACAGGGCUCCAUUAGGCACAACCUCCCUGCUGUACUCCACCCUGGGGUUAAUGCAUUUCUCCCCGCUACAGGUGAGUGGCAGGAGACAGUGCUGGGUGUGAUGCCGUUCUUUCACGCCUGGGGCCUCUACACUGUCCUCAAUUGCAGCCUCCUACAGGGCGCCAAGGUCGUUACUAUGCCCACCUUCCUGCCAGAACUGUUUUUACCCGCGCUGGCCAAACAUCAGAUUGGAGUCCUACACGUGGUCCCACCCCUGAUCCAGUUCCUAGUGGCUCAUCCUGCCGUGACCUCGCGUGAUCUGGAGUCCCUAAGGGUGGUAAUGUGUGCCGCUGCGCCUUGCCCUGCGCCUGCUGCCCACGCCCUUAAGGAGAAAGCACCGCACCCCAUUUUCUUUCAAGAGGCCUACGGUAUGACGGAGACCAUGCCCACGCACUAUACUCCACUGGGGCACGAGCGACUAGGGUCCUGUGGCCACCUCCUCCCCGGGGUGACCGCCAGGGUGGUAGGGGCCGAGUCUGCCACCCCCCCUGCCCCCCAAUACCCCGGGGGAGCUGUGGGUGAAGGCUCCUGGGUUGAAGUGAUGGCGGGGUACCUGAACAAUCCCGAGGCGACCCGAGACGCCUUUACAGAAGAUGGCUGGCUACGAACUGGAGAUAUUGUGACCUAUGAUGAAGACGGGUACUUUUUUGUCGUGGAUCGCAUUAAGGAGCUCAUCAAGGUCAAGGGUCACCAGGUGUCCCCGUCGGAGGUGGAGGGGGAGCUGCGUGCCCUGCCUGGGGUAGUGGACGCGGGGGUGGUGGGGGUGGCAGACGAGAGGGCGGGGGAGGUACCGAAGGCUUUUGUGGUCAGACGGGACCCAAGCCUGACGGAGGAGCGGGUUCAGGCACUCAUAGCAAGCAAAUUAGCGCCGCACAAGCACCUCAAGGGCGGCGUGGUGUUUGUAGACGAGCUGCCCAAGAGUCCUGCUGGAAAAUUACUUAGAAGAUUGUUAAAGGAGAGGCAGGGAGAGUAAAUGGAAGUGUGAGGGAGGAGUAGGAGGGAAAAUAGAGCAGUUGAAUAAAGGGAUGUGUAAA